AUGUCCGUAUGCUUCUUUGUGCCUGCGGAUCAAGCCGGCACGUCAGGGGUAUCUGAGGAGGUGGAGAACGAUGGGGGAGAGGAGAGCUCAUCCCCCGAAGAUAUCCAGCACAGCCUGCAGGCCUUCUGGAGCAAGGUCACUGAGGACAUCAAGAAAGUCACUGCGGAUGACUUCAAAACACAAGCGCUCCCCCUAGCGAGGAUCAAGAAGAUCAUGAAGCUCGACGAGGAGGUGAAGAUGAUAUCGGCAGAGGCGCCCGUGCUAUUCGCGAAAGCGGCCGAGAUCUUCAUCCACGAGCUGACGCUGCGCGCCUGGGCUCACACCGAGGACAAUAAGCGGAGAACUUUACAGCGUAACGACAUCGCGAUGGCGAUCUCCAAGUCGGACCAGUUCGACUUCCUGAUAGACAUUGUGCCGCGCAACGAGACCAAGCCGAGCAAGCCCAGGGAGGAGCCGGCCCGGCCCAGUCCCAGCGCGGAGCAGCAGCAGCAGCAGCACACAGCGAUUCCGGCGGGCACACAGCCGCAAUACGUGUUGCAGCCCUGCGCGCACUUGGUCCAGCAAACAUCGAAUGCUGGAACGUCGUCCAGCGCUCCGCACCCGGUCACGCUGGUCCAGCAGGUGCUCACGUCUUCGGGGGACUUGCAGCAGUUGCCGAUCCAACUGUCGCAGGCGCAGUUGAACAUGAUAAGGCCGCAGUUGCAAAACAACCCCGGGCAACUGAUCGUCAUACAGGCCCAACCGCAGCAGUCGCCACAGAUAAUACAGGUGCAAUCGCACGCGGGCCAAAGUCAACCGCAGCAGGUGUUCCUCGCCCAAGUGGCCGCCACCCAGGAGGAGUCU